AUGGCAACUAAGCUAGCCGUGGCAUUAGUCCUUGCUUUGUCCCUUUUUGGCCUAACGAGCGCCGGCGAUCCCGACAUUCUCACCGACUUUGUGGUCCCCCCGAACGUCAACAACUCUAACCUCAAUGGCAGCUUCUUCACGUACACCGGCAUGAGGUCUCUCGUUGGUGGCAAUCCCCCGACCACAUUUACGGUGACCAAAGCAAGCUUAAAUGAGUUCCCUGCUCUCGAUGGGCAGAGCGUCUCGUACGCGGUCCUCGAAUUCCCGGCCGGCUCGGUGAACCCCCCACACACGCACCCCCGCGGAUCGGAGCUCCUGUUCCUCAUAUACGGGUCCCUCCAGGUCGGGUUCGUCGACACGACCAACAAGCUCUUCAAUCAGACCCUCCAGACCGGCGACAUCUUCAUAUUCCCCAAGGGGCUCGUCCACUUCCAGUACAAUGCUAAUCAGACCGACUUCGCAGUGGCGGUCUCGGCAUUCGGGAGUGCAAGCGCGGGAUUGGUGUCGAUCCCCGUGACCGUGUUCGGGACCGGCAUCGACGACGGGAUCCUGGCUGAGUCUUUCAAGACUAAUGUUACCACCAUUGAAGCACUGAAGGCUGUCCUUACACCCCCACCACCGAAAGCAUGA